UCCUGUGAGUAAAUCUAGCCACUAAACUCUCGUGGCUGGGCGUGUAUAUAAAAGAACCCCGCGCCCCUUCCCGUUACCAGUAGGAAAAAAACCAGAGGAAGAGAACAGAGCUAUAGCAUAAAACUAUCAUAGAACUGAGGAAGAAAUAAAAGAAGGGAGCUUUCAGCUUUCAGAGCCAUCUUUGGUUCUCGAGAAUGGAAGGACAAGCGCAGCAGAAGCAAUCUUUGUCAAGGUUUAAAAGGAUCUGCGUCUUCUGCGGUAGCAGCUCCGGGAAGAAGGCAAGCUACCAGCUCGCAGCUAUACAGCUCGGCCAUGAAUUGGUGGAGAGGAACAUUGACUUAGUCUAUGGUGGCGGCAGCGUCGGCCUUAUGGGCGUCGUCUCUCAGGCCGUCUUUAAUGGCGGUCGCCAUGUUAUCGGGGUAAUUCCGAGGACCCUCAUGCCCAGAGAGAUAACUGGAGAGACUGUAGGAGAAGUCAGAGCGGUCUCUGGCAUGCACCAGAGAAAAGCAGAAAUGGGAAGGCAAGCUGAUGCCUUCAUUGCCUUACCUGGUGGGUAUGGAACAUUGGAGGAGCUGCUUGAAGUCAUUACUUGGGCUCAGCUUGGGAUACAUGACAAGCCAGUUGGCUUGUUGAAUGUGGAGGGGUACUACAAUUCCCUCCUAAAUUUUGUCGACAAAGCAGUUGAUGAGGGAUUCAUUGAUCCAGCCGCCCGUCAUAUUAUAAUCUCUGCUCAAACAACCCAUGAAUUGCUAUCUAAGCUCGAGGAGUAUGAGCCCAUGCACCAUGGUGUCACACCCAAGCUCAAUUGGGAGAAGGAGCAAUUAGGUCAAGCAACUAAAUUGGACAUUGCGCGUUGACUCGACCUUCUUUUCUCAUUUAUGUAUAUUAUUAUUUUUAAUUAUUAAUGGGUUUAUUAUAAGCCGGAAGGCAAGCUUAAUAACUACUUAGGCUUCGUUUGGGAUGGCUUUUUUGCUGCUUCUUAAAGCAGCUUCUUAUUACACAAAUUAAAAUUUUUGUACUAGGAAGUUGAUUUAAGAAGCAGAAAGAAAACCGUCUCAAACGAAGCCUUAAUUAGCUUUAUAUGUACCAUUUACUUAUUUUGUAAGCUCUCUUUCUAUUACAAUAUCAUUUUGCUAUCUCAUUAUAAUUAA